GGUGAUAAUUACACGGACCAGACAAUCUGGUCCACCAGCCUUCCUUUUAAUGGAAGCAGAAGAGACAGCCGUGAAGUUCAAGCAAUUCUUCUCGAAAAUGGCAACCUAGCUUCCAUGCGCUAAGAUAUGGUUGAACACGCGUUUCACCAGUUGGAAAGACAGAUAAUAUCCAUCAGCGGGUCAAUAUACUCUCAAAAUUGACCCUAGCACAAGAAAUUCCCUCCACAUGGUUUGGAGUGAUUCUAAGCCCUAUUGGUCGAGUGGCAUAUUGGUUACCCAACAAGGAAUUGUCAAGGUCUUCGAAACGAUGUCGGUUUUUGAAUCCGAGACUUCGUCCUUCCACGUCUACAACAACCACGAAAUCCAAACACAACCGCAGAUGCAAACGUUUUUGUCGGAGGAGGAACCGGUAGGGAGACAGAACUCGAUUUUGUCACUAACUCUUGACGAAAUUCAGAUGAAAAGUGGUAAGAGCUUUGGAGCGAUGAACAUGGACGAGUUUCUAGCGAACUUAUGGACGACCGUUGAAGAAAACGACAACAACGGAGGAGGUGGGGCUCACCACGACGGAGAGAAACCGGCGGUGCUGCCACGUCAAGGGUCGUUGUCCCUCCCUGUGCCUUUGUGCAAGAAAACCGUGGACGAGGUUUGGCUAGAGAUACAAAACGGUGUACAACAACAUCCACCGUCGUCAAAUUCCGGUCAAAACUCCGACGAAGAUAUUCGCCGGCAACAAACUCUUGGUGAGAUCACCCUCGAGGAUUUUCUUGUUAAGGCUGGUGUUGUACAAGAACCAUUGAAGACAACGAUGAGGAUGUCGAGUUCUGAUUUUGGUUAUAACCCGGAGUUUGGAGUUGGUUUACAUUGUCAGAACCAAAACAAUUAUGGUGAUAACCGGUCGGUUUAUAGUGAAAACCGGUCGGUUUAUAGUGAAAACCGGCCAUUUUACUCGGUUUUGGGGGAAUCUUCAAGCUGUAUGACCGGGAAUGGGAGGAGCAAUCAGUAUUUAACCGGUUUAGAUGCUUUUCGGAUCAAGAAACGGAUAAUUGAUGGUCCACCCGAAAUUUUGAUGGAGCGAAGACAACGACGGAUGAUUAAAAACCGCGAAUCUGCGGCUCGGUCUCGAGCCCGGAGACAGGUAAGUCGGAGUCUCGACCAAAAGAUAUAGAAGCUAAAUUUUGUAUAACAUGACUAGGGUCAUUGGUUAAAUCCGGUUUAGAGACUAAUUUUUGUUUCACUCGUUAUAGGCGUAUACUGUUGAAUUGGAGUUGGAACUGAACAACCUCACGGAAGAAAACACAAAGCUGAAGGAAAUUGUGGUAAUUUCUCGAUUAAACAUUAUUAUAAUGA